AUGAUUUCUAGAUAUUCUUUUCGAAAUUUCCAGAUCUCCAGCCUUUUUUCUUUUGCUAGCAGAAAAAUAUCAACGUUGCAGCCUUCGCAAGCCUCGAACACAAUUUUCUCGUUGUCCUCUGCACAAGGAAAAGCAGGUGUUGCAGUUAUACGAGUCUCAGGGCCAAAAGCUUCCGAAGUAAGCUCACUCUACCUUACAGUUUUCCAUAAUGCGAAAUUCCCAAAGCCACGCGUAGCGACACUACGCUCGAUAUUGCACCCAAUAACGCGUGAAGUAUUAGAUUACGGCCUCGUUUUAUGGUUUCCAGGUCCAAAUAGUUAUACAGGGGAAGACGUUAUUGAAUUUCACAUACAUGGUGGAAAUGCUGUAAUUCGAGGUAUAUUAGAUGCUCUUUCUAGUCUCAAAGGAUUUAGGCAUGCGGAACGAGGUGAAUUCACUCGAAG